AUGACUCCCGAUGCCUGUAACCGCCAGACCCACCACUUCAAUGCUGGUGGUGGAGGUGACAAUCAAGAGCCCAAUCCCGUCAUCAGCUUCGUCGACGAGACGACGACAGAGUCAUCGGCUGCCUGUCGACGCCCUUCCGCCUCACUGCCUUUCGACGCCCUUCUGCCUCACAGCCGGUCUUCACGUCACGAGCUUUGUUUUGCUGGAAACAACUCGACAGUCGACUGUGUUUCAUGGAUAUUCGACCGUGACAUCACUGUUCACAUCCCCUCUCUAAAAUCGACCGACAACACCGACGAUUACUAG